UCAGGGGGCGCAUCCCCAGAUCCCACUUCAAAAAUAUCCCCUGAAACUCACAUUCUUGGAGUGUGGAGCCACUUCAACAAAGUGUGGAGACGCCGUGUAAACCCUCACCUUUGCGCGAGAUAAUCAGCACGUGUGAGCCCGAGUAACUCUCUGGGUCAACACCUAAGGAGAAGCCUGUAUGCUUUCUUCACACAUUUGUGAGGCUUGGGGUCGGGAUUUCGGACCGCUUAACAUCUCACUCCAAACGGGAAACGAGGAGAGGGAGACGCGGAGAGAGGACAUGGAGCGGAAGGAAGGCAGAAAUCACUGAAAAGCUGAGCUGUGUACACGCGUAAGGAUAUUUUGGGCGUGCGUCGGAGGGCCAACCAAAGUAACGUUAACCGGAUAACUGUAAACACUGAUUUUUUUCCUCCCUUGGACACGUUUCCGCUGCCGGAGCGCGUUGUUUAGACUGUGUUGUUAUGGAACGAGGGUGAUCCUGUGCGCUGGAGGAAGCCUGCUCUGUGUUUUAUCUCUUUUUCCUUGUUUUUGCUCUGGAAAUUACGGAAAGUUAAUGUUUUUCACGUUGAACUAAAGAGGAAACGUUGAAUGCAAAUGCGGUAGGUGACUCCGGGCUUUGGUUCAUCAACUAAACUGACUUAAACGCUGCUUUUUUCCUCCACAUUGUGCAGUUGGCUGAAAUGUGAGACACUAGUGAAGUCGACACAUGACAAACCGCUGCACACAGCUGGUACAAUAGCAACUAUUGUAACCUUUCAUUGACACCUUUUGGAUUGGAUAUGCUUAGAAAACUUUUUAAGAAUGAAGAGAAGAAAAUUCUCGUAGAACGUCGCUGUUUUCUGGUCACAUCGCUGCCGUCUGCUGGGCUGGAUUUAUUUAAACCGUGUUGUUAUUUUAGUCCCUUUCAAGCCUUCAUCAUUUCCAUGUUGUGGAGACAGCAGAGCUGACAUGCGCCCGGGAUGGGAAUAUAGUGCGGUGACCUACUGCCACUGAAUUACAUUGGUGAAAUUGCCUGAUUAUUGCGCGGAUAGUGAAUGAUUAAGACAUCAGGUAGGGAACCGCGCGUAGUGCUUGUUCGUGCGCCGUUAACCUCCGCUGUGAAACCCGGUGUGAGCCAGCUCGAGGACUCGGUUACUUUGUGAGGAGAGUCUCCGGUGUCGAUAUGGAGGAGUGGAGACAAUGCGGGCGGUGGUUGAUAGACUGUAAGGUCUUGCCCCCGAACCACCGGGUCGUAUGGCCCUCGGCGGCCGUCUUCGACUUGGCACAGGCCCUGAGAGACGGGGUCCUCCUGUGCCAGAUGUUGCACAACCUCUCGCCAGGAUCAGUGGACCUGAAGGAGAUCAACUUCAGACCCCAGAUGUCACAGUUCCUUUGUUUGAAGAACAUCCGGACAUUCCUCAAAGUCUGCCACGACAAGUUCGGCCUGCGCAACAGCGAGCUGUUUGACCCCUUUGACCUGUUUGAUGUCAGGGACUUCGGCAAGGUAAUCUCCGCUCUGUCAAGGAUCUCUCACCACAGCAUUGCACAAAUCAAAGGAAUCAGGCCCUUUCCAUCAGAGGACACAGCUGUGAAUGAGGAUGAUGUAUACAGGAGCCUUGAGGAGCUGGCAGAUGAGCAUGACCUGGGCGAAGAUGACAUCUACGACUGUGUGCCGUGUGAGGACGAUGGGGAUGACAUCUACGAGGACAUCAUUAAGGUGGAAGUACGACAACCCAUGAAAAUGGGUAUGACAGAAGAUGACAAAAGAAAUUGCUGCUUAGUGGAAAUCCAGGAGACUGAAGCGAAGUACUACAAGACUUUAGAGGACAUUGAUAAGAAUUAUAUGAUACCGUUGAAGCAAGUCUUGAUUCCACAGGACAUGGAGGCUAUCUUUGUCAAUCUAGAGGAUAUAAUCAAAGUACACUUCGCCCUCCUGCGAGCCAUCGACAUGAACAUGGUCAGCGGAGGAAACGGCCUGGGGAAGAUCUUCCUUGAUUUCAAAGAAAGGUUGUUGAUCUAUGGCCUGUACUGCAGCCACAUGGAGAACGCCCAGAAGACACUGGAUGAGCUAAUAGCAACACGAGAGGACGUCAAGAUUAAAGUAGAGGAAUGUACGAUGAAAGUGCAGGAAGGGAAGUUCAAGCUGCAGGAUCUGCUGGUGGUUCCCAUGCAGAGGGUGCUGAAGUAUCACCUACUACUGAAGGAGCUGGUAAGUCACUCAGCUGACCGACCAGAGAGACAACAACUGAAGGAGGCUCUGGAGGCUAUGCAGGACCUGGCAAUGUACAUCAACGAAGUCAAGAGGGACAAUGAGACACUGAAGAAAAUCAGCGAAUUCCAAAGCUCUAUAGAAAAUCUUCAGCAGGUGAAACUGGAGGAGUACGGGAGACCAAAGAUUGAUGGAGAACUGAAAGUGUGCUCCAUCGUCAACCGAACGAAACAGGAUCGGUAUAUCUUCCUGUUUGAUAAAGUGGUCAUAGUCUGCAAGAGGAAAGGCUAUAGCUACGAGCUCAAAGAGAUUAUUGAACUGCAGUCAUAUAAAAUGUCAGACGACCCAAUGAACAACAGGGACAUGAAAAAGUCAAGUGGAAAAAUGUGGUCGUAUGGUUUCUACCUGAUACACCUGCAAGGGAAGCAGGGAUUCCAGUUCUUUUGUAAAACUGAGGAGACAAAGAGGAAAUGGAUGGAGCAGUUUGACAUGGCCAUGUCCAACAUCAAGCCAGAGAGAGCCACGGCCAAUCAGCAUAACUUCCAAAUGCAUACAUUUGAUAAGAACACAAACUGUCGGGCCUGCAAGAUGCUGCUGAGGGGUAUCUUCUACCAGGGCUACUACUGCUCUCGCUGUGGAACAGGAGCUCACAAAGAGUGUCUGGAAGUCAUCACCAUCUGUAAAAUCAAUCCUCUUGACUUGGAACCUGGGCUGUCAUCAGUGCAAACAAACGGUUGUGUUCCAGGUCCCAAGAUGGUGGCAGUGAGGAACUACCACGGCACACCAGCAGCUGCCGGGAAGACGCCGCUCUGUUUUCAGACAGGAGAUUUUAUUGAGCUGCUGAAGGGAGACCCUGACACAGCAUGGUGGGAGGGAAAACUGAUACAAACACAAAAGAGUGGCUUCUUCCCAAGCACAUGUGUGAAACCGUAUUUGGACCCUAAGCCUUUCCAGUCAUUAUCCAGCCGGCAGUCCUCAAGGGAAUCAGACUACUAUGGAUAUCCUUGGUUUGCAGGGAAUAUGGAGCGCCAGCAAGCAGACAACCUUUUAAAGUCCCACAGCAGUGGGACCUAUCUUAUCAGAGAGAGGACAGCUGAGGCAGAGAGGUUCGCCAUCAGCAUCAAAUUCAACGAUGAGGUAAAACACAUCAAGGUCAUCGAAAAAGACAGCUGGAUUCACAUCACUGAGGCCAAGAAGUUUGAGAGUCUUUUGGAACUGGUUGAGUACUAUCAGUCGCAUUCACUGAAAGAGAGCUUCAAGUUGCUAGAUACCACAUUGCGGUACCCGUACAAGUCGAGAGAACGGUCACUAACUCGGGCCAGUUCACGCUCACCAGCAGCCACCUGCGCCUCCUACAACUUCUCCUUCCUCAGUCCGCAGGGCCUCAACUUCUCAUCUUCUCAGAGCUCAGCUCCCUUUUGGUCAGUCUUUACUCCUCGGGUGGUCAGCACAGCAGUCGCCAGGUAUAACUUUGCAGCUCGGGACAUGAGAGAGCUGUCACUCCGAGAAGGAGACAUUGUCAAAAUCUACAGCAAGAUCGGGGGAGACCAGGGCUGGUGGAAAGGAGAGGCCAACGGACGAAUUGGAUGGUUUCCCUCGACCUAUGUGGAUGAAGAGACCGUGCAGUAAAGCUCGGAUGUCUGCUGUCCUGGCUCCCCUUAAAUCAGGAAACAUCUUCUAUCUACUGUUCUCAGAGAACACUCUCUCCAGGAAAAUAACACAUGGAAAAUAACACAUUUGAUUUCUUUGCUGGAUACCGUUUUUUUUUUUCAUCAAGUGUCUCUACACCUUUUCUCUAUCUUCAAUUAUGCAUCAGCUUUGCUUCUCAUGCUUCUUUUUGUGCAGGAAGUCCUGCUUUAUGUCUGUGCAGGGAAGAAGAAGAAACAGGCUUGCUUCCUGCUUUGUUUGAACUGAGGACACAGCAGAAACUGACUGUGGAAAGCUUUACUUUGAAAAGGCUCCCCUUUGUUGCAGGUCUUUGCGCGGUGAAAUAAUUGUACAGUACAGAUAAUUUAUUGAAUAGAGAUUAUUAUCAUUACUAAUGAUUAUUGUCGGGGAAUUUAAUUUUAGAAACGGCGAGGAAUGGGAUGAGAAAGACUAAAAUAAGACAUAAAAAAGAGACAGAUGCUCUGUUUUCAUGUUGAGAGAUUUUGCCUUAGUUGUCAUGGUGAUGCCUUGUGGGCUGACACCAGUGGAGGGAAUCGACUUUGUUGACUGGUUUUACUUCUCCAUGUAUGCAUGUGCCCAUGUGCGGCCCACACAAACACACUCACACACUCACACAAAAAACAUACACAGACCAAUGUACAGUACGGUGCCUUUGAAGAAUGGUCGCUUACUGAACCUCAACAUCAGCCAGUAAAGAACAUUGCCACCCCCUAACAGACAGUUUGUCCCGACGGGAAGAGGCACUUAUAGAACAUAUUGGGGACAGCUCGCCUUCUGAGCCCUCCAAAACAAGAUGGUGAAGCAUUUAACUCAUCCGAAAUGGAGACUGGAUGGACUCAGAGAGACAGAUGGAAGGUUUUUAUAGCCAACAACAAUGACGUACACAGUUCAUGUCGGUCUGUGCGUCACAAGUCUUUGGGCGCAUCAGCUGAACGCGAAAAGGGAAACAUCAAGACAUUCCACUCUACUCCCACUUCACACUUUUAAAUCUCGAUGUUCAUUGUUUCAUUCUUUGAUUUAUUUGCACAGAAUCAAGAUUAUUUUAUAAGUUUUGAGAACUGGACCAACAUUUUUUUAUAUAAUAUUAUUUGAAGCCAAAUCCAGCCAUGUUUUAAUGUCUGCAUGGAGUUCUGAUCCAAUGUUAUGAUUUUUGUACCUUGCCUUAUUUUUACUGAUGAUCAGGUGACGGGAUUUUUCUGUUUCUCAGUGUUGAUAUUUUUUUCAUGUGUGAAAUCCAUUUUGGUGCUGUGCAGACUGGUGAAAAUUAAAGUGUCAGAAGACUUUUAAUCUGAA